UCGUCUCGACGUGUGAAAUUAAACCAAAAAUAAAAAAACAGAAAGCAUUUUUCAUUUUCGCUUCAUCACCGUCCUUCUCGUCGUUGUCGGGUUCUCCAAUAACCAUCUCAAAAAAGCUGUGGCUGUCGGUUCCGAUCACCUCUCUCUCUCUCUCUCUCUCUCUCUCUCUCUCUCUCUCUCUCUCUCCGGCAAUCUCGAUAGAUCCGUUUCCUCUCUCAUCAAGGGUUAAAUGGAGGUUUGUUGGGAUUUCAUACAACGGCUCGGACCGGACAUGGCUAUAAAGAUCCUAAUGUGUUUGGAGGACCCGUCUGAUCUCGUCCGUGUUUGUUCAGUUUCAAGUUCUUGGCGCCAGUUUGUGAUUGCAAAUGGCCUCUCGAAGGAGCUUUUUAUAUGUAUGUUUCCUGAAGUAUCAAGUAUUGCUCAUGCUAUUGAAGUGAAAAACACGAUAGAACCUGUAGAAGCCUGCCCUGAAAAUUCUACGGAAUGGGAGUGCAUGAAAAGGGAUCAUAGGGUCUAUGCCUUUUUAGCACGAGGUCUUACCUCUUUCACUAGAAAAGAUUGCAUUUUGGAGGCCAUUAGUGCAUCCAGCACUGAUAAUUACCCUGAUGAAAGCAUUGAAAACACUUUGGAAGCAAGAGACAGGAUUGAACAAAGAGCUUCUUACUGGUCAAGCGAAGGUGAAGAUGACCCUACAGUUCCUGAGACAUUAGUCUAUAAGUUGAUUGCAAAGUUAUGUGUGAUCACUGAAAUCCAUGUACAACCAUUCCAAGCAUUUUUUCAGUAUGGAUUUCCUAUAUAUUCCGCAAAGGCCGUGCGAUUUCGAAUGGGACAUCCCAGGUCUCCUAUUGGAGUAGGAAGUGAUUCAGGAGAUGAAUUUGACACUGGUAAUGAGUCCACUGACAGUGCUUUCAUAUGGACAUAUACGUCACCAGAAUUCCCAAUGGCUCAGGAGAAUCGACUGCAAAAGUUCAAGCUUCCAGAACCUGUUCUUUGCAUAGGUGGAAUUGUGCAAGUAGAGCUGUUGGGUAGGGUGCAGAAACAAGAAAUGGACAAUUUAUACUACAUAUGCAUCUCCCAUGUUCAAGUUGAGGGGCGGCCGCUAUCCCUGCCGUUUGACGUUGAAAUUCUUGAUCCAUCAGGAAGAUGCUCCUUGAGGUACUGCCCCAUGGCUGAGCUUUGCUCUUCUCCUACCAGAGCUCCCGAGGAGGGGGAGGCAAGUGAGCCCUCUAGAUUCCGGACUUUGGCGGCAAGUGUGAGGGGUUGGGAACAUAUGAUUCUUAACACAUUACUUGGGGGUGGAGUGGUUAUAGAUGGUCAUUAUUCAGGUGAUGAUUCAGGCAAUGAUUCAGACGACGAGCUUGUUGCUUGAAUUUUCUUUUUCAUUUUUAUGUUGUUUUUUUGUUGUUUGUCAGCUUAUUUAGCCUUCUGUCAUGUAAUUGGAUGUCUCCCUUCUCUAGUUGAGAUAUUCUCUCUUUUCUGGGAAUGUUGAUUAGAGUAGAACUUAUGAUCUGAAAUCUGAUCCUAACCCCGUAAGACUGUUCUAGUAGAUGGAAUCCCCUGUUUUGAAAAGAUUAUUUUAGUCCC